GUCAAUCUGCUAAUUCCGGCUCGAGUACGUGGAGUUUGUCAGCAGACAUGGCCGAAAAGCGGACGAGUGGGUCGAAUAGGAAUCUGCUCUUCUCCCCUUCUGAGCUCAACUUCUCCGUCCCCUUUAUCCCAGUCAGCCGGCCCGGUCCCUUCCCCUCCGAUGACUCUGUGGAUGUGGGAGAAGAGGACAGCUUCCUGGGGCAGACCGCCAGUACUAUUAACCCUCCACAGACCUUCAGCUACUUCUCACAGGCCUCCAGCCUCCCCAGCAGCAGCGACCCAUUUGCCAGCAUAGGGCAGGGCCCGGCACCCACAACGUCUCAGGUUCAAAGUGCUGCUGCUUUCUUUAAGCCCCCACUGUCACUGCCGUCUGCUGUUCAGAAUGGACAGAACAUCAUGGCUCCUCCUAGGACCUCGUCUCCAUUUCCCAGCAAUCCUCCGGCAGCUUGUAGUGACACCUUUCGGGUUUUACCACCCAGCACUCAGACCUGCCCUCCCCCAAGCAUGUACUCCACUCCACCUCCCAUCUCCUCUCAGGCCAUUUACAACCCUUACCGCCAUAACAUACAGAGCAGCCGGGUGAAUCCCUACCGGACUCCUCCACAGCUUCAGCAGGAUACCACCCUGGGCAGCACAAGCCAGACCUUCCCGGUGGCCUCAGGACCUCCUCCAUUGUACCAGGGUCCUCCAGUCUCCCAGCCCCCACCGUCUGUAGCAUCUCCAUUUGCACCAGCACUGAUGGAACAGCCUUAUCCAAGCUCGAAAACUGCAGUUCCCCCAGCACCGGCCCCAGCUCCCUUUUUACCCAACCUGUAUGAGCCUGUUCAGCCGCACUGGUUCUUCUGCAAGUUAGUGGAAGGUCGGGAGGUCUGGCUGCCAUUCAGUGAUUAUGACUCUGCCAACCUGGAAGAAGUCUAUAACUCCGUUCAGCCAGACCCUGAGGGUGUGGUGGUGAGCACAGCAGGGGGGCGCUAUGAUGUCUGCCUGUAUGACCGGGAGAUGAAGGCCGUGUACUGGGAGGAAGAGGACUCUGAGGUCAGACGCUGCUCUUGGUUCUACAAAGGAGACACAGACAGCAGGUUCAUCCCAUACAGCGAGGACUUUAGUGAGAAGCUGGAGGCGGAGUACAAGAAGGCGGUGAGCAGCAACCAGUGGCAUCGGAGGCUGGAGUUUCCUGGAGGAGAGACUAUUGUGAUGCACAACCCUAAGGUAAUCGUCCAGUUUCAGCAUAGCGCCAUUCCGGAUGAGUGGGGCACACCUCAGGAUGGUCAGGCCAGACCGCGAGUAGUCAAGAGGGGCGUAGACGACCAUGAUGAUAUCCCAGAUGGGGAGGUGCCGCAGGCUGAUCACCUGGUGUUUAUGGUGCAUGGAAUUGGCCCCGUGUGUGACCUGCGCUUUAGAAGUAUUGUGGAGUGUGUUGACGACUUUCGGGCUGUGUCUCUGAAAUUACUGCAGUCUCAUUUUAAAAAGUCUGUGGACGAGGGUAAAGUGCAUCGCGUGGAGUUCUUGCCGGUCCAUUGGCACAGUGCCCUCCAUGGAGAUGCCACCGGGGUGGAUAGACACAUCAAAAAGAUCACCUUACCCAGUAUUGGACGUCUGAGACACUUCACCAACGAGACGCUGCUGGAUAUUCUGUUCUACAACAGUCCCACAUACUGCCAGACCAUCGUGGACAAAGUCAGUCUAGAGAUGAACCGCUUGUAUGAGCUCUUCAUGAGCCGGAACCCAGACUUUAAGGGGGGAGUGUCCGUCGCUGGCCAUAGUCUAGGGUCUUUGAUUUUGUUUGACAUUUUGUCCAACCAGACGGACAUUACCUCCUCAGUGCCAGCGCCGGCUCUCACUAACAACGUCAGCACUUUGACAAAAGCUGAAUCCGCCGUGGAGAAGCAGAGUAACUUCAACGAGCCAAGAGAGGCCAAUGAGGUUUCCCUGCCACAGGAAGACCUGCCCAGCCUGCUGGAGGCACUGGAGUCACUCAGCCUGGCAGAGUACACCUCUGUGCUGGAGAAAGAGAAGAUGGACAUGGAGUCUCUGCUCAUGUGUACAGUGGAUGACCUGAAGGAGAUGGGGAUACCUCUGGGGCCCAGGAAGAAGAUGAUUAAAUUUGUAGAAGAGCUCUCUGCCCAGCAGGCAGAAAGAAAAGUCACUGACAAGAGGAAUGUUCACAGCAAAGAAGAGAAAGCUCUGCCCUGUGAUGGCGAUGAUGGACUGGAGCCUCCAAAGCGGAAACUGCCGGUCGGUGCCUCUGUCUCCUCCAUACACGUGGAUUAUGAACAUUUUGAGACUGGAACUGGGCAGGUCUCCAUCUGUUAUAACUCUUUGGAUUUUGAACCUGUGAACUUCUUCGCCCUUGGAUCCCCCAUUGGCAUGUUCCUUACUGUCCGAGGUUUGACCAGGAUUGAUGACAACUACAGACUGCCAACCUGUAAGGGCUUCUUUAACAUUUACCAUCCGCUUGAUCCUGUUGCCUAUAGAUUGGAGCCAAUGAUUCUACCAGAUGUGGAUUUAAAGCCUGUCCUGGUCCCACAUCACAAGGGCAGGAAGCGGUUGCAUCUGGAGUUGAAGGAAAGCCUGAGCCGCAUGGGGUCUGACCUCAAGCAUGGAUUCAUCAGUUCCCUCCGCACGGCCUGGCAGACGCUGAAUGAAUUUGCUCGGGCGCACACGUCGUCAUCUGAGCUACAGGCAGAGCUGGAAAAAGUGGCCGAUCAGAUUAAGGAAGAAGAGGAUAAACAACAAGUGGAAGCUGAAAAAUUGGACAGCUCAGAGUCCUGGCGAGAAGAGGAGCUGUCUGUAAAGGUCGGCACAUUGAAUGGCGGUCACAGGAUCGACUACGUCCUCCAGGAGAAACCCAUUGAAAGCUUUAAUGAAUAUCUCUUUGCACUACAGAGUCACCUCUGCUACUGGGAAUCUGAAGACACAGCGCUCCUGAUCCUAAAGGAAAUCUACAAGUCCCUCAAUGUAUUUCCUGAUCUGAUGCUACAUUAAUCCUUCAUGGCAGGGGUUGACCAACCUGGACUUGUUCCUGUGAGAAGAGCUUUUUAUGGACUGAGGUCUACAUGGCAGAAGUGAUCAAUUUUAUCCAUUAUUCAGACUUUAAAGUGCAGUGCAGACAGUACAGUGUUUUCUUGACCAUAAAGGCCGGCUACUAUGUGGAGAAUAUCCACAUAUCAUAAAUUAUGAGAAGGAUUAUUUAUCUAUCGGUAGAACAGUGCGGUUUUUGCAUUGACCGCUCCAAUCAUUUGUAGCAGAAUUUCCCUUCCUGUCGGUUUGUGCAGAUUCCUGAAACAAUAAAAGUUUUUAUUGAUCUUUAAUUCUUGUUGAUCCUAAUGUAUUUUUCCCCAGACACCAGUGACAUAUAUGACAAUGCAGAAAGACCCAUACUGCUUGUAAAGAGAGGAAAGCCAGGGUUAUAAUGGAUCAUAUUGGACAUCGGAGGAUGCACGUUCAAUGAAAUAAACCAAACCUUGCUAUGUUGUGCAGAUGCUGUGUACUCUGACAGAACACAAGGCAUCAGAGUUGGGAGAGGUUAGCUGCACCUGGAACUGUAAUAACAUUAUCUUCCAGGCAGUGAGUGUAGGGUUAGCAUGUAACAAACAUAUUAAAAGCAAUAACAAUACAUCCUUUGUAGAACAGCAUAAAAUAAAAACUUGAUUCACAAUUGGGUAUUAUAAAAUCACUGUAUUUGAAAUAUAUAUUUGUUAAUAAAGUCCAGCCAAAAAUGAUGAAUAAUGUUCCAGCCUCAUUGCUGCAGUAGCCAGUCGAUAAACAAACAGCAUAUCUAGUGCACGUAUAAUGUGCGCAGCCGGAUUUAUCAAAGCCACACACCUUGCACCGCGGCACCAACAGGUAUGUGAGACAGCCAGAGGGUAACAGGCGCCCAUCUGACAUUCCCAAGGAACGCACAAUGCUGAGGGGCGAAAAGGACAUCAGAGGUACUAUAAAUUGCCAGGUUUAUAAAAGGUACUAUUUAGCGAGAGGUAUAAAAAUAUUUUUUAUAUUUAAUAUACAAAUAUUUCUAUGCCAAUUUUACAGGUAUGUAACUAUGGUAUCAUCUAGAAAUAUUCCCAAUUAAAAAAAAGCUCAGGGACAGGUACUGAUAUCAGUGAAUCCAGUACAUGAAAUAAGGAAGAUGGUUUGAACGAAUACAUUCAUAUGGGGACAAACUUUCUUUCGGAAACGAGAUCACAAUACAUGGAGUUAUAAGAGGUGCUAUUUUGAUGUGACAGUUUAACAGAUUGAUUUUUUUUUUUUUUUUUUUUAGUUAUACUUCAGGCCAAACAAAAGGCAUAUAAAACCAGAAUGAAUAAAUUAAAUUGUGCAACCUAAAGGUAUAUCAUAAGAGCAUAUAUAAUACUACUAUAACUAGUUUGUAGGCACUUUACUAACAAACUAAUUCAGUAGCUUAAUUUAAACCAAAUGGCUGUAAUCAAUGCAGGGUAUAGAUCCAAUACAUUUCCUUCCUAGAUAGUACCUCAAAUCUAUUCUGGACUGAUGGAGGGAUGUGUUCUAUAGGCAUGACAGAAAUUAUAUUUUGCUCCUCUUUUUUGGGGGAUUGGGCCAUUUAUCGGGAGAGCCUGUGAUUUAGAAACCCUUUUUUUAAUGUUACUCCAGUGUUGAUUUAAACGCUGAUGUAAUUGCGGGGUCGUACGUCCGACUUAUUGUUUGCCGCAUUUGCAUGUUAUCAAAUAUAUAAUGUAUGAUGAUUGGCAAUUCAUAUGAGAUUUAAUAGUGUAUUGUUCAAGCGUAUAUGUACUAGAAAAGCGGCUACUUUGAUGUUUAAUGUAGGAACAGAAGAGGCACCUCGGUGUGCCACAUUUAAAAAAACACUUCUUGGAAAAACCAGGGGUGCUUGUGGAGGUAUUACUGGUUUGUCUUUUUAUGUGGCAUGGGGCAAUAAUAUUACAUAGGGAAGGGGCUCUCUGGAAAGGGAUUCUUGGUUUCACAGGCAGUAGAUUCCCUAGGUAUGGGUCAGAUUUUAAAACUUUCCAGUGUCUAUUCAAAAUUCGUUGAAUCAACUUAUGACCCCCUGAGUAGGUUGUAAUAAAAUUGUUGUUAUAUUUCUGUUAGUUUUUCCUAGAUGUCAUUGCUGGCUCCUUUAUUCUUUAUUUCUGCUUUUGUCCUUUCCUUCUUAUUGUCCGCUGUAAUUAAUUUCUCGCAUUCUGCAUGUCCCUCCAUGGCCUCCGUUUUCUUUUUAGCCGGAUUCUGUGUGUGGACAAGUACAGGUAGGCAAUCUUCUUGGGUAAGGGUUUUUGCCCGAGUGUAGGCAUUUUUAAUCAGUUCCUUGGGAUAGCCUUUUUCUGAGAAACAAUUCUUGAGGAUUUCCGCUUGUUCUAUAAAAGUGGCUUUCUUUGUACAAUUUUUUCUUACCCGACGGAACUGUCCAUAGGGAAUAUUUAUUUUCCAUUUAUGAUAGUGUCCACUCAAAAAGGGGGACCUAGCCAAUAGAGUCCACCAGUUUGAAGUAUGUUGCAGUAACUAUUUCGGUGCAGACGUGGGAAAUGAGUAGAUCCAAGAAUUCAAUAGAACUCAUAGAGUAGUUAGGGGUCAAGAAUAAGCCCCAAUUAUUAUCAUUCAGCUGUUUAAUAAAUCCAUCUAUUUGUUCGGAGUUGCCUUUCCAUAAGACAAACAAAUCAUCAAUUUAUCUUCUGUAGACAAUUGCAUGAUCUUGAAACAGAGGAUUUGAGGUAAUCUAAUCCUUCUCGAAACAUCCCAUAAAAAGGUUUGCAUAUGAAGGGGCCACCCGGGUCCCCAUCGCUGUGCCUUUAAAUUUGAUGGUAUGUCAUCCCGUUGAAAGUUAAAAAAAAAAUAGUUCUUUAAAAUUAGUUUGAGGCACUGAACUAGAAAAAACAUUUGUUCAAGGCGGAUUUUUGGGUUGUUUUCUAAAAAGGACUGCACACUUUGAAUUCCAAGGCUGUGAUCUAUAUUUGUGUACAUGUCCAUAGUUAAAAAUAUCAUAUUGUCCUCCCAUAUAUAGUUUGUUAGAAGAAGGAUAAGAUCGUCAGUAUUUUCAAGUAACUUGAUAGUUCUUGUACUUAGGGUUGCAGUAUGAAGUCCAGAUAUUGUGAGAUAUUACUAGUAGGGCUAAUGAUCCCUGAGAUAAUGGGACAUCCGGGACGGUGUGUCUCGUCCUUAUGAACUUUGGGCAGUUGAUAAUGUGGUGUCCCGGUACAGGACCUGUUCCUGUCCCUUGUCUAAAGUCCCCUCAGCUAGAGUCACUCCAUUCAUAUAGGGCUUUCCUGCAGGGCUUAUCCUUGGUCGCCUCAUGUAAAGUGUGUUUAUAUUUAAUGUAUAGAGAAUAUAUGUACAGGACCUUAGUGGUCAUAUGAUAUACGGUUGUGAUGUAUAGAAUGUUCAAGGACCUUAGAGGUCAUGAGAUGUACCCAGAGUUCACUGGGUUCAUAUCUUACAAGUUUGCUGACCAAUGAGCUUAGUCCAGCCCCUUAUUAUAUAAAGGGCUGUAGUCAAUCAAUUCGCUCUCUUGGUCUCUUGUUCCUGUACUAUCAAGAAACACAAGCAUCUCAUCAGCAUCAAUUCAAUUCAACUAGGCCCAAAGCCUAAGAACCUGCAGCCACUGAGUUACUCAAAGCUCCAUCUAUCAAAUCCUGUGUGACUACUACCAGCUCAAAUCUUCUAAAUUAGUAGCACAGUGGCCUGCAUAAAAGCUCUUUGCUUCCAAGCCUCAGCAAACCUGUGACGAACCUGUAUCCCGGUUCACUCUUAAGAGACUGUUAUGUUAAAGACUUUCAUAAAUUCUGCA